UGCUGGUGCAAGCCUGAGACUCAUCAGAAGAUCCAUAGCUUUCAAAUACGACCCUGAAAUUCUACUAGAGAAACAUCUUCAUUAACUCGUUAAUUUUCGCCAAACUCAGAAACAUGGCACCCAUCACUUUUGGCGCGCUUGUCUACGACUAUCAGGCAAUGGAUGUUAUGGGCCCAACUGACCUUCUCAACUCAUCAAGCCGCCAUCUGUUAAGUGCUCUCAAAGUCUAUGCACCCAUGGAUGAAACAACUAUAUCUCGAGCACCAGAGAUCGUCUUUCAUCAUAUUGGGCUGAACAGAAACCCUGUGGCUCUGCUUUCGAGUCACGUCACGAUAGUACCGACCACCACCGUUGACGAAUGUCCAGACUUGGACUGCCUGAUUUUAGGAGGGCCGAACCCCGACGGUUUUGAACUUCAUCCGAAGUACGCCGACUUUAUUCGCCGGCAUGUUGCAGCUGGGAAGCCGCUAUUCACAACCUGCACCGGCGCGUACGUGGCAGCAUUGUCCGGUGUCCUUGACGGUAAGAACGCCACAGUUAACCACAUAGAGUUUGCGUGGAUCAAAAAGCGACUCCCCCAGGUCAAAUGGUCGAUGGACAAGCAGUGGGUUGUGGACGGAAAUAUCUGGACCGGAUCAGGCGCAUCUGCAGGGAUGGACAUGAUAGCACAUUGGAUCAAGGAGAACUAUGGCCUUGACGUUCUGACAGCUGGCGCUUUGGGCCUUGAUUACGAACCAAGGGAUAUUGAUGGUUUAUUGACUGUUCUACCGAAGAGAUAUGAUGGGAAGGGAAAGCAGAUCUCUACACAUGUAUACAAGCACUACGCUGAGUACUAGCUUCAUUCUUUGCGGAGAUGUAGAUAUUAGAGCAAUGAGUUGACAAUCUGUUCAAGUCAUUUGCGGAAUUUUAGUUCUCAAGAAACACUAUUGCCUGAUAAAUAGGGACGGUCCAUAAAUAGGGGCCCAUU